CUUAUUUUCGCCAGACGAGUUUUGACUGUCGUCUGCGAUGGGAUACGAGCUGUAUGUCGUGUUUUGAAUGUGGUGAAUGCUGGUGCCGCCUUUCUGCCGCUUGGAUUUUUUUGCACGCUCCGCAUCGGACAUACGUGAUUUUCAUCGUCUGCAUGCUGUGCAUCUACUGACUGUAACAGGCUUCGAUGCUGCCAUCGCAGACGGCACGCUGAGCCGUACACCGUUUCUGGACCGUUGACGACCGUACGUGACGGUGCGUGGGCGGUGCGAGGGUGAGGCGACGAUGGCCGGCAGCGAGGCCGUCAUCUACUGCUCGUCGGACAUCGUCAAGAACUCGCUCAAGAUGGGCAUCGAGAAGAUCACCACCAAGUACGACACCGUGGGCGCGCUGAGCAAGGACCCCGAGGACUCCGGCAGGCUCACCGAAGUCGAAGUGGACCAGGUCGAGUGCUGCUUCAAGAGCCACAAGACGUACGUGUACGGCUGCCACUGCCUGGCCAACCUGUACUUCACGGACGUGUCCCAGGACAGCACGCCCGGCCGCUGGGAGUUGGCGCGCACGGGCGUUCCCGUGCUUAUCCUGGACAAGGGCGAGACGCGUGCCAGGACGCGCCGCAUGGUGCACGUGGUGCUGGCCGAGCGGGGCACCGGGUUCGCCCUCUGGAAGGACGUCAUCGACAACCUCAGCAGCUACCAGAAGUCGGCCAUCACCUUCCACACGAUGCACCUGUCCUCGGACCACCGCCGCAUGGCCGGCCUCAGCUUCGACGUUCCGGACGCGGCGCAGGAGUUCUGGGAGAAGGUCGAGGAACUCAUCUCGGACCCUCUGAACAUCAGCUUGUCUGUUCCCAAGAGCAGCAAGAGUCUCAAGAAGAAGAACAGGGCGUCCAAGCCCAAGCCUCUGCCCGGCAAGAGCGAUAUCUCUCUGCCCUGCUGCUUCCAGCACGUGACCAGCGUUGGAAGCGGCGACAAGGAGCGGUUCUACUCCUUGGCCACCUUGGGACCCGACUGCGACAUCGACUAGACUCGAUGGGAGACCACAAGUCGCGAAUUGAAUGGGAGUACUGGCUUCUACUUGCAAACUGUGAAUGUCAUUUGCUAUCACUCCACCAUUGGUACGCGUGGCCAUGGGACCAAGGCGCGCUGAUGUUCGAGGCUUGUGCGUUUAUUGGACUCAGCUGGCAGAGCAGGCUUGUAAAAUGUGCGUUACGGCUCUAUAUACGACCCUUCGACCUGUCCAUCAUGCACACCAGUUACCUUGGGAUGAAGACAGACUGAUGUUUCGAACGGAGUCGCAUGGGCCAGUAUGUCAUGUUUUCAGUUCCCUACCAGGAAUUCUUUCAAUAUUUUGUGGAAACUCACAUGCCUUGAAGGGAACCUCCUUUUUCGUUUGCAUCUUUAGCGGUUUUAUAAUGAUGUUCUUCCAUCUGUGUGCCUAGACGGCACCACCUUCCACCUUUGAUGAGACACAACCGAAACGGUGGAAGUGUUCAAGUGAUUGUCAGAAUGCCUGGACCUCAGUGCAACCUUCACGAACCUUGACGCCCGUUCAUCGGUACAGGUGAAGUGUGUGAAGCGUACAACAAACAAUGCGUUUCUCUCUCAACUUCCCAAAGACAUUUGCUAAUGUCUUCCACAGGGUUUGACUGGACACUACCGCUGUGUUUUUAUGAAUGCACAUACAAAGCUCAGCAGUGCUUCGAGAGUUCUUGAAAUUUUUACACGACAACGUGCCUCGUGUGUACAUCGAAUGCAAUGUUUAAGGCUAACUACUUCAUCGUUGACGUGCUGUAACAAGUACAAGAAAAUGGUUGUUUUUCUUAAUUUUCACGAAAUUGUCGAAUCGCAUGCCACAUCAUUCCGCCGGUAUUUACAUUUGCGUGAGCCUGGCUUGAAAACAUUUGCAUGAAGAAAGUCUGUUCUUAUGCACGGCAUUGCAGUGCAUCUAUAGUUCAGCUAAACAUAAUUAAAUGUGCUACAGCACUUGGCAAGACUACCUGCAACCUCAUGUCCCCAGCCUGCACUUGAAGCACACAUAACUGCCAUAGUGACUUUCAAUGUGAAAUUGGUUUUCCCAGUGAUUACGUGGAUUCUGGAGUGGUCAAGUUAUGUGUUCAAUGCUUGCUGGUGGCUGGCGGCUGCCCAAGAGUUGUGGUACGGGCAUAGGUGUCUGGUGGAAUAUGGUGUGCACUGUUUUGAAACUACAAGUCAACGUCGUGUAGCUUCAAAAUCUGCAUAAUUCCCCCAUUCAUAUUUUGUGGCGGGUGCUUACUGCAAAUGAAGAAAAUCUCGCACCCCGUUUGACAUCGUGCCUUGCGAGACACUGUGCCGUUCUUUUUUAAUGUCUCCUGUAUUGCAAGAUUUGUUUAAUACUGUCCUGUUGCCAAUUUUUCUCCUCUUAUGACUCAGUAUUAACGUAACAGUUGUAUGCGAGAUUGAAAAGUAUAUUUGAGGCCUUCAUUCUGAGUCGUUAAGGGGGACGCUGAGACAAUGUCGAGUGUAGUUUUGGAAUAACCAGAUGGUUGAAGCUUGCGCAAUCGACAUCCCCUGUUUCUGAGCGUGCUACUUUUGUUUUUGUAUAUACCGCAUCACUGAAACUGUGUAAGAGUGUUUCGUUAUUGAUCGCCACUUUAAUGCCUGGGAAUCGCGUGUUUGUUCGAUGCAAGGUAAUAGAAAGUGUGUUGUACUGACACCGUAGUCAUGUUGAUAGUCGCGGGUAAUAUCCUGUAGUGUGUUUGGGUCAAGCGUAUGCAAUUUUGCCUAGGGCCUUACUUUAGUCUUAUUUUUGUUUUAGUUUGUGGACAAAUGAGAAGUGUAUUUGUAUGUGUGUGUUUAUUUUAGUGCUUCCUUCAUUGAAUAGUGUUUGAAACUGCUUGUGGAGCUACUUUCAUAGAACUAUAUCAUUGUGGAGCUAAACUGUCAGUCUUUUACACUCAUCAUGUGCGUAAGCUCCUGCACUUUUCUGUUGAGCUGAUGGGUUUUUAUUUCUCCAAUGUCUUCGCAUACUACGAUAUUUAGUUACCCGCAUUUUACUGCGAUUCUUGAAUGUCGGCGCCGUGCAAUUUGAACCAUGUUUUGAGGUGGAACCUUGUUUUGUAAUUAGCUUGUUUUUGGGAACAAAUGAAACUCACGGCUACUGCGCCCUGUAAUUUUCGCUAUCGUGUUGACCCUCAAAAAUAUUAGAUUGAGGGUUUAGGGGUUUUAUUGAGCAUGAGGUGCAGUGAAGGUACCAUCCAGCAUGGACGUAUUCUAAAGGAAGUGGCAAACAGCAGACGAUGCUUCAUACUGUAAUGGGCAAGCGCGCUUCACAUUUUCUGCGGCUGAGUUGUGCUUAAAGUUGAGCUUGUGUAACAGUCUAGGAGUAAGCCACGUGCCCAGUCCUAAGUGGAUUGCGAGUCGGGAACAUGGUUUAGCACGCAUGGCAAGGUACUACCACGAACAUUACAAAACAAGUUGUUGCUUGUGGCCGUGCUUUCUUUUCUCUAAGCUGCCGUGUGGACCCCGAGAUUCGUAAAUCUGCACAAAAAUCGUGUAGCCUUGUUUCCGCCACACAUGAUUAAUUGGGAUCGAGCGCGAAACAAUCAUCUGCUGAAGUGUUAUCUUUGUGCGCGGUUGUUGGCUUAUCAUUAACGAGCUAGAAGCUACAGCAGCGCGUAUGUGAAUAGCGUCGAAUGCGGCUCAAGGUUUCGAAUUCUCGUCCAGUCCUGUAGCCCUGACAUCACGACUGGUCAACCGUCAGGUCACAAAGUACGGCUUUUCGAAAUUCACUCUGCUGUCGCAUUGUUCGAAAUGUUUUGUGGCUUAUUAUUAGGCUGCUCACUUCCUUGAGAGCUGUUAUCGAUGCACGCCGGUGAUCACAUUUCACACUCGAAUCGAUCGCAACGACGUUCCCUGUACGUCAAGAAUGUUACGUCUGUCUUCGAGGUGAAUAAUCGUGCGCGCACUGAUCUUGUGCCCCGAAGUCGCGGAAAAGUCAGUGGAUCAUUGCAGUGUCGACAGCUAUGCGUUGCUGCCGUAUUCCCGUUGAAAGGUGCAUGUGGUGACCUAGAUAUCAGUGCUGCGUUUGCCUGAAGUUGCCUCGCAAGCGUAGCGGUGUCGUGAGGUUGUUCGCCAUGCCAUUUAAGAGUGCUAAUCAUUCAUCUAACAUGUAUAUACGCGCCGUCUUUUACUCCUGUUAGCGGUCGUCUCUGUAUCGUUCGGUCGCUCUGUGGCAUCUCGGUGCCUUGAAGUGGUCUGCACUUUGUAAAUAAAUUGACUUGAAUAUGUGCA